AUAAGGAAUGUUGUUCAGUUGUUAGAAUUCUGUUUGCAAAGCGUGAGCGUUUGAUGAUCAGGCACAGGACCGGAUGCCACAAACUCACUGCAAUGAUCAUUUCGUUCUUCUAUUAUGAUAGUACUCCGAAGUACUGCAUAUUUAUGUGUUUUGUCAGUCCCCUGGAGGUCCUGCAGGCGGUGCUGGAGUUGCAGGAGGCGGUCGCGGUGUCCUGCGGGCUAAAUUGCUAACUGAAUGUCUUUGUCAGUCCCUUUUCGGUUAUGGCUCAUGAACUUAAUGACAGUGUUCAUCUUGUUUCUGAUCUGUUAAGGUGUGCAUGAUUGAUCGACUGCAUGUUCUGUUUUUGCACCGUGGAUCAUGUAGGACGAAUGUCAUUCAGAUACAGGAUCAGCCUUACUGAAACUCUUUGAUAUUCUCGCCUUUUCGGUUUUGACUGAUGAACUCACCUCGGUUAAAUUCUAGCUUAUGACAGAAAUGUUGGUAGCUGCCUAAGCUUCAGGAUUUUAUCAGUACUUAGGAUUGAUCAACUACAGAACCUGACUAAAGUUACCUUUAAUUGUGUCCCAUCAAACAGUUUUUGGAGAGUUGGUUGCUGGGCUAAGUUAGUUUCUGUUGGUUGCUAGGCAAUUUCCUAGUUGUGUCUGAUCAAGCAGUUUUCUGGAGUUGUGCAAAUGCAACUUAAUGUUGGUCAGGUUCUGUAGAAUUAUGCACUGAUAAACUUGUCAUCGUACAUGGUCUUUAUUUAUCGUGUUACCACUCUCGUUUAAAUGCAUUUGUUUUUGGAGACAAGGCAGUGAAAGGAGGUGCAGAGUAACAUGUUUCAGAUUACAUGCAUGUUAAGUACACAAGCUCUACUUUGCAUUUUUCCCAGCGACGUUGCCUCUAUACCAUGUUUUAAACUGCUAAUUCUGCUGUAUAUGCCCUUCCUAGGGUCAUUAAUUUGUGAAUCACAGAAUAUGAGUAGUGUUGUAUUCAAGCUCUGAAUUUCGUACAGUAGAGCACACACACAUGACACAUGUACAAGUAGAGUAAUUCGUACCGUCGUGCUCAUCUCGGUCGCCGACGCGGCCGGCGUCGCCCUCAUCGGAGUCAUCGUGGUGUACAUAUACUGGAAGCUGUGCGACCCGCGCGGGGACGACGUCGACGACGACGAGGACGAGGAGGGGCGAGGGCUCUUCGCCUGCCCGUGCAUGCGCGCAAACACCUGCGAGGACUCGUCGGACGGGUUCGACACGGGCGGCGGCGAGAAGAAACGCGGCAACGGUUCCGGGGGCGGAGGCGGCGGCGAGGACGGGGAGCUGGUGGCGAUCGACAAGGGGUUCUGGAUGGAGCUGGACGAGCUGCUGCGGUCGUCGGCGUACGUGCUGGGGAAGGGCGGGAAGGGGAUCGUGUAUAAGGUGGUGGUAGGCAACGGGACGACGCCGGUGGCCGUGCGGCGGCUGGGCGGCGGCACCGCGGCCCCGGAGCGGUACAAGGAGUUCGCGGCGGAGGCCGGCGCCGUCGGGCGCGUGCGGCACGCCAACGUGGUACGGCUGCGCGCCUACUACUGGUCGCCCGACGAGAAGCUCGUCGUCACCGACUUCAUCAACAACGGCAACCUCGCCUCCGCGCUGCGCGGGGGGUUUCUGCAAAACUGCGUACGCUGACCGGUCCAGCCAAUUGGCGAGUUGUGAUUGGCCCGGGACUAAAUCAUCACAUGAGGUGCAAGUUGAGGUAUGGUUUGGUCAAGUUUUGCAACUUUGAGACUAAAUCAUCACAUUGGGUGCAAGUUAGGGUACCUGAGAUGCUAUUACCUCAUUUUUUAGAGACGGUUCGUUUUGUGAAAUGAUUUCAUCCAUAAGUUAAAAUUGUCAA